CUCCUUUCCCCUCCCAUCUCCCUAGAUCGGUGGACGUGCUCACCUCCGCUCGGGGCCAGGUCUAUGUCCCGGUUUCCCGCCGUCGCGGGCAGGGCGCCAAGGCGGCAGGAGGAGGGUGAGCGGUCAAGAGACCUCCAGGAAGAGCGGCCUUCGACUGUUUCCGUCGCUGAUAGAGAAGAGAAAGGAUGCACAUCACAGGAGGGAGGAACUACUCCAACUUUUCCUAUUCAAAAACAAAGAAAAAAGCUUAUUCAAGCUGUGAGGGACAAUUCAUUCCUUAUUGUUACUGGAAAUACAGGAAGUGGUAAAACAACUCAACUCCCAAAAUAUCUAUAUGAAGCAGGGUUUUCACAACAUGGUAUGAUUGGUGUGACUCAACCACGAAAAGUAGCCGCCAUAUCAGUUGCUCAGAGGGUUGCUGAAGAAAUGAAAUGCACUUUGGGAUCCAAAGUAGGAUACCAAGUUCGUUUUGAUGAUUGCAGUUCUAAGGAAACAGCGAUCAAAUACAUGACUGAUGGAUGUUUACUGAAACAUAUUCUGGGAGAUCCAAAUCUUACCAAAUUCAGUGUCAUUAUUUUGGAUGAAGCUCAUGAGAGAACUCUAACUACAGACAUCUUAUUUGGUUUAUUGAAGAAGCUAUUUCAGGAAAAGUCUCCUAAUAGGAAAGAACAUUUAAAGGUCGUGGUGAUGUCAGCAACUAUGGAACUUGCUAAGCUCUCUGCAUUUUUUGGAAAUUGUCCAAUAUUUGAUAUACCUGGAAGGCUUUAUCCAGUCAGAGAAAAAUUCUGCAAUUUGAUUGGCCCACGAGACAGAGAAAAUACUGCGUAUAUUCAAGCGAUUGUGAAAGUGACCAUGGAUAUCCAUUUGAAUGAAAUGGCUGGAGACAUCUUGGUUUUUCUGACUGGUCAGUUUGAAAUCGAAAAAAGUUGUGAGCUACUUUUUCAGAUGGCAGAGUCUGUUGAUUAUGAUUACGAUGUUCAAGACACCACUCUAGAUGGCUUGUUAAUACUGCCGUGUUAUGGAUCUAUGACAACAGAUCAACAGAGGAGAAUAUUUUUGCCACCUCCACCUGGAAUUAGAAAGUGUGUCAUAUCCACCAAUAUUUCGGCAACAUCUUUGACAAUAGAUGGAAUCAGAUACGUGGUAGAUGGUGGCUUCGUGAAACAGUUAAAUCACAAUCCCAGGUUAGGGUUGGACAUCCUGGAAGUGGUUCCAAUUUCAAAGAGUGAGGCGCUGCAGCGAAGUGGCCGAGCUGGCAGGACUUCCUCAGGAAAGUGCUUUCGGAUCUAUAGUAAAGAUUUUUGGAACCAGUGUAUGCCUGACCAUGUGAUCCCUGAGAUUAAGAGAACUAGUUUGACAUCUGUGGUUCUGACCUUAAAGUGCCUUGCCAUACAUGAUGUUAUAAGGUUUCCCUAUUUGGAUCCACCUAAUGAGAGACUUAUUUUGGAAGCUCUUAAACAACUUUACCAGUGUGAUGCUAUUGACAGGAGUGGCCAUGUCACCAGAUUGGGUUUGUCCAUGGUGGAGUUUCCUCUUCCUCCACAUCUGACAUGUGCAGUAAUAAAGGCUGCUUCUCUGGACUGUGAAGAUCUACUGCUUCCAAUAGCAGCAAUGUUGUCUGUGGAAAACGUCUUCAUUAGACCUGUUGAUCCAGAGUACCAGAAGGAGGCAGAACAGAGACAUCGAGAAUUGGCAGCUAAAGCUGGAGGAUUUAAUGACUUUGCAACCUUAGCUGUCAUUUUUGAACAGUGCAAAUCAAGUGGAGCUCCAGCUUCGUGGUGCCAAAAACAUUGGAUUCAUUGGAGGUGCUUAUUUUCUGCAUUUCGUGUUGAAGCUCAACUUCGAGAACUGAUCAGGAAGCUAAAACAGCAAAGCGAUUUCCCAAGAGAGACCUUUGAAGGCCCUAAACAUGAAGUACUACGAAGAUGUCUUUGUGCAGGCUAUUUCAAAAAUGUGGCUCGAAGAUCUGUUGGGAGAACAUUUUGCACAAUGGAUGGGCGUGGAAGCCCAGUUCACAUUCAUCCUUCCUCAGCACUUCAUGAACAGGAAACCAAACUUGAAUGGAUCAUUUUUCAUGAGGUAUUAGUUACCACCAAAGUCUACGCAAGAAUUGUGUGUCCAAUCCGUUAUGAAUGGGUGAGAGACUUGUUACCCAAGUUGCAUGAAUUUAAUGCACAUGAUUUGAGUAGUGUGGCCCGACGCGAAGUGAGAGAAGACGCAAGAAGGAGAUGGACAAAUAAGGAAAAUGUAAAGCAUCUAAAGGAUGGAAUAUCAAAAGAAGUCCUAAAGAAAAUGCAAAGAAGAAAUGAUGAUAAAUCCAUAUCAGACGCACGUGCUCGUUUCCUUGAGAGAAAGCAGCAGAGGUCCCAGGAUCACAGUGACACACUGAAGGAAACAGGCUAAGCAGUGAACCCUCCAAUUCAGGAAGUAGGAAAAGCAGCCAGGAAAUGUGCUUCUACUUUGCCAUUUAUGUCUGACAGCACUACCAGGAGGAAGUGGUCAGCAGCUCUUAUUAGCAUAACAGCUAAAAGCAAAUCAAAGCUCAUCCGUACCAAGAAGUGGAAUUUUCAAAGAAAAGAUUGGAUUGCCAUAGUCACAGGCAAUGACGUAUGAAACCAAUGAAAGACAAUACAUGUGAUAUUUUCCUCACUUCUAUUUUGCUGGCCUUAACUGGUAUCAGAUGCUGUCAUUGAGAUAUUUUCAAAGAACGUCAAAUUGUAUUUAAUCAGCGUGUAUUCCAUUUGCAUUGAAGCAUUAAAAAUUAUUUUCCUUAAA